CGAGACGCCUGGGUGCUGCAGCUCGCCCCAUCCCGACUGGCCGGCGCUAAGCCCGCUGCCGCCUCGCUCUCAUCCACGUCUUCCGCCCUCGGGCUCCCGUCCCGCCCUGGCCAUCCGCUCCUUCUCACUCCCACCUCCAUCCACAAACAGUUCGGCCUGCGCGAGCACCGCACCACAUCGACGUGCGCGCUUCUUUCGCGAGCGCACCCUGCGUCUGCGAACGCGACCUGCACCUGGCUGCGCAUGUGAAGCACGCCCGUCUGCGCCCACACACCUUCUCGCCAUGGCUGCGGCGGCCGGCCGCUCGGCCGCGCCGCAGGCAGAGGCUGCCGGCAGCAGCGCCACGAGCGGGCGCCGCGGCUCUAAGGCCGGCCUCGUGCCGUCGCCGACGCCGCCAGACGCCUUCGACGCGGCGGUGCGCGCCGCAAACCCGUCGCAUCCGGACCACCAGGCCUGGCUGGAGCGCUACGGGCCCGGCGCCAGCAACGGCACCAGCAUCGGGCGCGCGGCCUCGCUGCACGGCGAUGCGGCAGGCAGCCGGCGGGCCCGAGCGGGCACGAACAGCAGCGUGCGUUCGCCAGUGAUGCCCAUGCCAAACGGCGAGGCCUCUACUGCGCACACGCCCGAGCUCGCUAGUGGCCGCGAGGGCGCGCCGGUGGGCGGCGCAGGAGCAACGGGCACAGCAGGCCGGCGGCGCAAGAAGAAGAAGAGCGCUGGCGACAAGGGCAAGCGGCGCGCCGCCGAGCCGCCCGUGCCGCCGCCACGGACGACGAGUGUCCCGACUCUCCUGCACAGUGUCGGUGAUGAUGUGCCGUCGGCUGCGGCCUCGCCCGUCUCAAGCAUCAAAGUCGGGCAGCGCGUGCAGCAGCACCCGAUCCCUGCUGCAUUCGCCACGCCGCGCCGAUCUUCGAUGGACAGUCGCUUCAGCCCGAUGCCCGCAUUAGCUCCGGGGGACGUCCCGCCGAUGCCGAACGUCCACUUCGCCGCCACCUCGCCGCCGCAGCCAGGGCCAGCGGGUCUCGCAGCGGCGAGCUCGCCGCCUGCGCAGGGCCAGACGCCCUCUCCUGCGCGCUCGCGCUUCAACAGCCUGCGCUUCGGCACCUCGAAGAGCUCGCCGCUCAAGCCUGCUGAGGUGCAUCUUGCCGAAGCGCGCGCUGCGCCCGUGUCGCCGGUCGCUGCCGAGUCGCCGCGCAGCGGCGGCGCACUGCGGCGCAGCCUGGACGGCGUCAUGGCGCCGUUCCGGAGAGGCUCUCGCGACAGCGCCUCGACGCGCGGCAUGCAAGAGGCUGCCGUGCUUGCGCGCAUGGCCACGCUGCGCAACGACCACGCCAGCGAUGCCGAGGGCGAGAGCAGCGCCACCUUCAUCUCGCCGUCCAGCAGUGCCGCGUUUGUCUCGCCCUCCUCGUCCUUCUCUCAUCCUGCUCCGGCGCUGAUGGCACCCUUCUCGAUGACGCGCGCGGCCUCGCUCGACGCAGCGCCAGGUGCAUACGCGCAUCUUGCCGGCCCAGCCAGUGUGGCACUCUCCGCGCGCAGCCAGUCUCAGCAAGAAGAGAGCUCGCAGCAACUGACACUGCCGCGCGGAGCUUCGGGUGCGCGCGCCUAUAGGGGGCCUCGCCCGCUCAGCAGCGUCCGCGACGUGCGCGAGUCGGGCACCGAGGCCGAGGCGGACGACUUCUUCGAUGCGCAGGACGAUGAGAUCGCUCCCUCCAGCCCAAACGUCUCCGAUGCAGACGACGCCUCGCCGGCCCGACGACGCGCGGCGCGCAAGCGGGUGCCGAAGCUUGAGAGCGACAGCGCGAAGUCGGGUGCGCUCGACGAGGGAAAGACGCAGUUCACUGCCAGUGCAGAGCGGAGGCGCAGCCUGGACUCUCUUCGCGCCUCGCGCGCCUCUCGCCGCAUCGCGGAGCACGCCGCCGAGCUCGAAGCUCCAGCAGUGCCGCCAUUGGCCGCGGCUGGCUCGACAGACGAGGCGCGGGCCGAGAGCGGCGGAGAGUCCUCUGCCGAUGAGCCCAUGUAUGCCAACGGGGCCAACCCGCGGCAGCAAGCCGACGCAGACGGCUCCGCAGCCUCUGGCCGGCGCAAGCGCUCGCUGCACGGGCAUGGCGCCCCGUCCGGGAUGGCACAGCUGCAGCGCGAGCGCGAGCUCAUCGCACAGGCGCAGGCAAUGCGUCGUGCGUCCCGCAUGGCUUCGCUCUCCUCCUUCGAGUCGUCGCCCGGCGGUGUGCCAGGCGCUCGCACUCAGGAGAUCCCAUUGCCCGAUGACGCGGCGUCGCGGGCGUCUCCAGCAGCUCCGCCGGUCCCUUCCAAGUCGCCCGUGCAUACAUAUCGAGCCAACGGCGAGACUGACAGUCACAGCGAGGCCGUGGACGAAGCGUCACAGAGAUUGCGUGCCGUCCAGGCGCAGCAGUUCUUCAUCCCUCCCGUGUAUGCGCGCGCGCCAAGCAGCGGCACAUGCACGCCGCGCGAUGCGCCAGGGAUCUCCGAGGCCAACGGCGUGCGCAUCAACAAGGCGAUGAGCUCACGCAGCCUAUCCAGCAACUACAGUCGCCCGACUGUUGCUGCGCCCGCGCUGCCGUCUCCCGCGAACGCUUCGAAGGAGCUGCCUCGGCACCCUUUCGAGACCGUCAGCUCCAGAGAGAUGGAGCGGCAGGGCACGCCGACAGCGCAGACUUCCGGCUCGCCGCUCCUCUCAGGCGGCUCGCCGGCGACGCCGGCGACUCCAUCGUCCUAUGGACGAAGUGGCGGCCGCAGGUUGGCAGGCUUCUUCACGCGCAGCAAGGCCGGUCGCUCUGCAAGUCAGGGCGCGCCUCUCGCGGCUAGCCCGUCGGCAGAGGGAACGGUGCCAGUCGAGGACACGGAGCCGAUGGAGCACCUGGCCAACGAAAAAGAGCAGGUCUCGUCCCGCUCCCCCGUUGGCCUUGGCAUCGAGGCGUCGCCGUCGAGCAUGUCAGGCAGACGUCAGCGAUCGGAGAGCUACAACUGGCGCUCUCGCGUCGCUUCGCUGGCCUCCAACCGCUCGAACAAUCGGCCCUCCCCGCCUCCGUGGGACUCACCGGCGCGCUUGCCCAGCCGCGAGCGCACGCCUUCCGCCGCCGAGCCGCCGUCGCCUGGGCAGCUGUCUGAAGCCGGCAGUGAUCCCGAUGCCGCUUGGCGCAGACAGCUGCUCACGCAGGCGGUCGGCCUGAGCUUUGCUACUGGCCGGCCAUCGCCCUCGCCCUCGCCGUCGUCGCCAAACACACUCGUUGACCCUGUCGAGCCCACGAGGGCUCCGCGAACGAGCAUUGGCAUGGGCCGGCCGAACUUCGCCCAGCGACGCGGCGUCAGCGCUAGCAUGCGCCCACCCGCCACGCCGCCUGACCCAGGCGCAAAGCCAUCGGCGACUUUCUACAAGACGCUCAGUCCGAGUCUGCUGCACGAGAGCAGUGUCGGCUAUCACGAGGCCGACGACCUGCCGAGCCACGUCGGCCACGCUGAUGACUUUGGCGAGACGGAAGACCAGUCAUCUACUCUCGACGCCCCGAUCAUUGCUCGAGGCAUGCCUGGCGCCGCACGCCCUCAUGGUGAAGGCCUUGAUGCCAUCACAGAGCUGCAGUCGUCCAACUCGCUCGCUGCGCGUUUGACGAACGGCGCGCACUUCGAGCAAGCGCCGCCUCACGUCAGGCUGGUCCGCUCCAGUGCCGAUCUGAAAAGCGGCAGCUCGGGGUUCCAGGCACUGUACGCUCCGCCGGACAGGGCCACACGUGCCGCGGGAGCCGCCUCGCCGACCUCCUUCGGUGACCGUCGCAGGCUCUCGGGCGGCUCAGCGGCUCCACCUCCGCCUCUGCAGCUGCAUUCGCCGAGCUCGCCAAUCGAGAUCUCGCCGCACGCGCCCACGACGCCGGGAACGACGUCGUCCACGUCGCGCUACGACGCGCCGCAUUACGAGUCCUCCUUCAACGAGCGCAGCUUCUCGUCCGACCGCAAGCUGUCCACCUCGGCCAGCCGUCCGUCUUUCGCCGAGCUUGGCAACGGCAUCGUCAACAACGGCUCGCCGGAGCACGUGCGAUCGCCCAAGCUCUUCGCGCAGCUGCGCAAGGGCAUGCCGAGCAAGCUUGGCGGCAAGAGCAGCAUGCCGCGGAUGCGCGGCAUCUCCUCUAGCGACGUGAUUCUGUCCGACUCUCCGGUCAGCCAGCACACUGGCGCCGGCUCCAUCUCGGCCGUCGAGGACGCCACGCGGCUGCUCGCCGUCCAGGCAGAUCAGCUCUCGCAGACGCCGUCUCCCAGCGUGCUGGGCACGCCGGCCACGUUCACCUUCACGGAGCCAGACUCGCCCUUUCCGCGCAUGCCCCGCGACGCGCCGCUCAUGGCCGGCUUCGAGUACAGUCCGCGCGGCACGCCCGGCCGCGAGCCGUUUGCCUUGGCCCAGUCGAUGGCGCCGGCACUCCGAUCGCCCUCUUCGUCCUCCGGCAGCUACGACACGGCGCCUCUCAGCGCGCGCAUGCGCACCACGUCGAUGGGCGCGCGCAGCACCAAGAGCCGCGACAUGCGCGUCACCUCGCCCGAGCUCGAUGCAUUCAGCAACAUGCUCCGCGAGGCGAAUCAGGCCGACCAACAGCGUCUUCGCGCCAUUGCCGCACGCACUGCCGCUGCUGCCUCAGCCGCCUCGAUGCCCUCGACUCCUGCGGCCGCUACCGCCUCGCGCUGACGUUCUAUAGCGCCUCGGGCGAUGCUUUGCUACUUGCUUGCGCACCGCCCACUCCCCUUAUGUACCGCCGUCCUCUGCAACUCAUACCCUUGCUCCCC